AUGUACCUCGAAGACAGAACGGUAUUCUAUUUUUUUUUCAGAAUGAUUAAAAUCCAAAAUGACGAAGAUCAACCAAUGAAUGAUUUCAGGUCCGUCUGCAACUGUGGGACACGGCCGGUCAGGAGCGUUUCCGUUCAUUGAUUCCUUCUUACAUCCGCGAUUCGACUGUGGCUGUGGUCGUUUACGACAUCACUAGUCAGUUAUUUUUUACUCAUCUGACGUCUUUUCACCAUAUAUCUUAUGAACUGUCACUAAGAAAAAUAUUAAAUCUUUUCUGACCGCACCUAAUAUGAAAAUUAAAUUAUAAUCAUGCACAAAAGUACAAUACGAUUUCCUGGUUUUUCUUUUCUCUCAAAGAUAGAGAAUGUAAAUUGUAGCCCUAAAAACUUUGUUUUUGCGUGAUUUGCAACUUGUAUUUUGAGAAAAUUUUGAACUGAACGACCAAGAUAAGCAUCUCAGUAAUUAACUACUUUUUUUAACUUUGAAAUAAAAAUUUGAAUGUGUUCGAUCUUUUUUUUUGUUUGAGACUUUCUGGCAUUCAAAUAAAAUUUUUUAAAACACUCGUAAUGUUUCGUAUUAUUCAAGAAUUUAACAUCAAUCUUAAUAAUUUUUCACAAAGCGCGGAUAUUUUGUCUAUACUUAAAAAAUUAAAAUAAAAAUAGUUCCCGUGCUUAGAGAAACCUAAAAACGAUCGAAGCUAUUUUUUGCUUAUUCAAAUUUUCGAAGGGUCUGAUUAUUAGAAGACAGGUUUUUUGUUCAAUAAAAAAGACAAGCUUAACCCAACCAAAAUCAGAAUCUGGCAAAAUCAUAGACUUAUUCCAAAUUUUGAACAGAUGCAAACUCUUUCCACCAAACAUCCAAAUGGAUCGAUGACGUCAGAACUGAAAGAGGAAGCGAUGUCAUUAUCAUGCUCGUCGGUAAUAAAACCGAUUUAGGAGACAAACGGUUGGUUUCUCCUUAUCUCUAACAAGUAGAAAGGCAAAAAGAGAACAAAUUCGUUUUUUUUGGAGUUAUAGAAAUUCCCACCUUUUGCAAGUCCCUCGGAAAUGUUUAUAUGAGGUUCCUUUUUUACUUAGAUUUGUAUUUUUAUGUUUAAUAAAAUAAAUAAAACAAACAAAACUUUUCAGCCAAGUUUCGACGGAUGAAGGAGAAAGAAAGGCGAAAGAACUGAAUGUCAUGUUUAUCGAAACUUCAGCAAAAGCUGGCUACAACGUCAAGCAGGUCCAGUUUUGUUCUUUGCAUAGAAGUUUUUGGCAUCUCAAGCUGUUUUAUAGUCAGUCAUAGUUUUUCUUUUAUUUUUCUAUGGAGAGUUUUUUUUCGAUUUUUGCUUCAAAGAAUGAUUUAUUUAUUUUUAAGCUUUUCCGCCGCAUCGCUGGGGCUCUACCAGGAAUCAUUAAAGAUGAUCCUGUUGACCCACGUAAGUUUUUUUUUUCUUGAAUUGGUUAUGGAACAAUUAAAAUAGUGUUUGGCUGUUUGAACCUAAAAAGAGAAUCCUUAUGAAGAAACUCCAAGUUUCCCCAAAAACUAUUCGAGUAUAAACUGUUGCUUCAGCGAACGUGGUGAACAUGGAUCCUAUAAGACAGCGACAAAUUGUGACAGAUGAUGGAAACUGCUGGUGCUAA